AUGUGCGUCUUUUGGGAUCAGGAGAUCAAGCACCACCAAGGGCUGGAAGACAUCAGCCCCUCUGAAGAGGUGACAGAUACGGAGGAUAAUGAAGAGGAGGACCUGGGAGUCCUGGACGACCAGCGGAGCAUCAUCCUCCACCUGCUCUCCCAGCUCAAACUGGGCAUGGACCUUACACGGGUGGUGUUGCCUACCUUCAUUUUGGAAAAGCGAUCACUCCUGGAGAUGUACGCCAACUUCAUGGCCCACCCUGACAUGUUCCUGUCAAUCACAGCGGGGGCCACAGCCGAGGACCGGAUAGUCCGGUUUGUGGAGUAUUACCUGACCGCCUUCCACGAGGGCCGGAAAGGUGCCGUGGCCAAGAAGCCCUACAACCCCGUGCUGGGGGAGACCUUCCACUGCUCCUGGGAAGUGCCUCGGGACAAAGUCAAACCUUUGGUCAGAUCCAACCAGGGGUCCUCCUGGGAGCCAAGCAGGGGCCCCAACAACACGCAGCAGGGCGCUGACUCACCAGCAGACUGCUACACUGUCCGGUUUGUGGCCGAGCAGGUGUCCCAUCAUCCACCUGUGUCUGGGUUCUACUGCGAGUGCCGGGAGAAGAGCAUGUGCGUCAACGCCCACGUGUGGACCAAGAGCAAGUUCAUGGGAAUGUCUAUAGGAGUGUCCAUGGUGGGAGAAGUGGCCACGGGCAAAGCACUGGGGAUAAUGGUGGUACAGGAGAGAGCCAGGUGGCUUAACCUGAUGAACCUUCCAGACCGGGAAAAAGAGGACAUCUUGGACAUGCCUAUUGGUCGAGCCGCCUUCAACGGCCCCGUGACAGUCCUUCGCUCAGGCUGCCUCACGUCCUGCCCGUUUCAAGAUUCCGAAACAGCAGAGGCCACAGCCCGCCCCGGUUCUCCAGCCCAGACUCGAGGCGAGGACGAGCUGGCCAAGAAAGUCUCCGGCAGCAGCCGCUCAGGCACAGCACAGGAAAUAUCUGAG